AAUAAAAGACAUUACUCCUCCCUGCAAGCGUCGCCUCACUUCUCCUAGACCACUGUAACCGCUAUAACCCCACGAAUACCGCCAGGAAUAGGUCAGCCAGAGCUUAGGACCCAGAGCCCCGUCUUAGGCUUGCGGGAUGUGACAGCUGACGAAAAAUCAAUGAAGUGUGAUGUGCUUUACAGAGCUCCGCUGCGGUACCAGACACGGCUGGAGAGGUGCUCUCUUGCCUCGCAGAGUUAAUUGCCCGCCUCGAUUUUUAAUGAGAUUGUUUCGGUCCCCCACCACGGUGAGACCAAACUGCUUAUGAAGACGGAAGACCAGACUUAAAGGAAGAGCCGCGGCGGUGCCCAUGCUUUGUGUAACGCUCCUCGCGCUGUGUCUGAGCCGUGCAGGCGUGGCCGCCUCCGGCUCCAUUGCUGAAAAUGAGGACGCGCUCCUGAAGCACUUAUUUCGAGGCUAUCAGAAAUGGGUCCGCCCGGUGGAGAGCUCCAACGACACCAUCAAAGUCCUCUUCGGGCUAAAGAUCUCUCAGCUGGUGGACGUGGACGAGAAGAACCAGCUGAUGACAACCAACGUGUGGCUGAAGCAGGAAUGGAUCGACCACAAGCUCUCCUGGAAUCCGGAGGAGUACGGCGGGAUCACUGCCAUCCGCGUCCCCUCCGAGUCCCUCUGGCUCCCCGACAUCGUUUUGUUCGAAAAUGCCGACGGACGCUUCGAGGGCUCCCUGAUGACCAAAGUCAUAGUGAAGCACAACGGAGCGGUGACCUGGACACCACCCGCCAGCUACAAGAGCUCCUGCACCAUGGACGUGACCUUCUUCCCCUUCGACAGGCAGAACUGCUCCAUGAAGUUCGGGUCGUGGACGUAUGACGGCAGUAUGGUGGACUUGGUGCUAGUGGAUGAAAAUGUGGACAGGAAAGACUUCUUUGAUAACGGAGAGUGGGAGAUCUUAAAUGCCAAAGGUAUGAAAGGCAACAGGAAGGACGGCCUGUACUCCUACCCAUUUGUCACUUAUUCCUUCGUUUUGAGACGACUUCCACUGUUUUACACUCUAUUCUUAAUAAUCCCUUGCCUGGGAUUGUCCUUUCUAACUGUCCUGGUGUUUUACCUGCCUUCGGAUGAAGGAGAAAAGCUCUCACUGUCUACAUCGGUCCUCGUCUCCCUCACUGUGUUCCUGCUAGUGAUUGAGGAAAUAAUCCCUUCUUCUUCCAAAGUCAUCCCUCUGAUCGGCGAGUAUUUGCUCUUUAUCAUGAUAUUUGUGACCCUCUCCAUCAUUGUGACCGUCUUCGUUAUCAACGUCCACCACCGCUCCUCAGCAACUUACCACCCCAUGGCGCCCUGGGUGAAAAGACUCUUCCUCCAGCAGCUGCCCCGGCUGCUCUGCAUGAAGGGCCACGUGGACCGUUACUCCUUCUCGGAAGCCGAGGGGAAGGAAACCACCUUGAAAUCAAAGCUCCCGGGGAAGCAGAAACACAGGCAAGCAAAAGAUGGGGAGAAAAUUGUUAUUGCCUUUCUGGAAAAGGCAGCUGAUUCCAUUCGAUACAUUUCCAGGCACGUUAAAAAGGAGCAUUUCAUCAGACAGGUCGUCCAAGACUGGAAAUUUGUAGCUCAAGUCCUGGAUCGGAUUUUCCUGUGGUUAUUUCUGGUGGUCUCAGUGACGGGUUCGGUUCUCAUCUUUACCCCUGCGUUACAGAUGUGGCUGAACAGUAGUUUGUAGAAAAUGCUCCCACACUCGCAUACACCAAGCUCAGUGCCAUGGGAUGGUGGAGCAUCUAGGCUUCAUUUUUUAUCGUACAGGUUGGGAUGCAACAGCAAGACUGAGUGAAGCUGGUGAAGGUAACAACGGGCAUUGACUGGUGCUUUCUAUCUUCAUGCAGCUCUACCAGUUAGAGACUUGGCUGAGAUCGGAGAAGGGCUUGGUGGCAGCCGAGAACUGGAGUGAACAGGGGUGCACAAUCAGGUUAUAAGUAGUUUUUCUGGUAGCCUGGUGAUGCUACAGGAUGAGCCAAAAUUAUUAGUUUGAAAUGGUAAUAGAACUUUUGGUGCAAUGAAUAUGUUUAAAAGUCAGAUCCUUCAGUUAAAAUGCUAUGCUAUAAAAGAAGUUAGAUUGUAGUAGGAACACUGAAUCAAUACUUAGUUUAUCUAUCUACAUUUUCAAGUAAAAACCACAAAGGCUCUACAGAUGGCCUUGGGCAUGUGUCAGAACUGGCUAUUGCAUAGCAUGUGCAUUAGAAGAAGUACAAAUACCUUUUAGAUGGGACAUUCAAAGCCUUAACUCUGUGGCUUCACCUUGCUGUCAGGAUUGGCUCAACAGUGAGGGAACUUGCAGCUCUGCGCACCUGGUACCAGCCGUUCUGGCAUGCACGUGUUGUCUCUCCUCUUGGCAGUUGGGACACUGCAAAGUGUUACCCACUGUUCAGUAUUAUUUGCAUUUGUACCUUGUGCUCAGUAACAUACCAAAAGGCUGAGCAAGUCAGGGUUUUUCCCAUGCUUCUCCUCGUGGCAACAACGAUCUUCCCAAACAGUCCAGCUGGAGAGGAGCCGUGGAGAUCCUUUUUGGUAAAUGAAACUUGUGGUUGGUGCAGAAGUGGAGUUUCUCCUAAAGCUGUGGGUUGGGCUGGCUGCCAGAAAGCUAUCUCUUUGGGUGUUGCUUGCUGAAGUUUCCCAGCCAAUUUGGAAUUUCAUUCCUGUGGUUCACUGAGAAGGGAUCCUUCUGCUGUAUUAGAAACACUGCUUCAGAGUGGAAAUGAGACCUGACAAAAAAGGUACAGGUGAGAUUCUCACCGCUUUCAUUGGGAUGAAGUUACGCUGACAUGAAGUCCUUUAGAGAAUCCCACUCAGACAUUUUCGAUGUUUUCAAGGCUAACAAGGGAUUCAGACAUCCAAUUUCCAAGAAUCUCAGUGUGAGUCUAGUGUUAAGUCUUUAGGUAGCCUUGAAACUCUCUCCCUAGGGGUAGAAGUUAGAAGAUAUUAAAAAUACAUAAACAUAUUUGUGUGCUUGGGUUAUAUGUGCACACCAGACCUCUCUGAGUUAAGAUCAUCCCCAGUGUUGUUUCGUCGCUGCAGAAAGCUUUGUUCACUUGUGCAAACAUUAUUAAUAAAGCUGUAUUUAGUAAAUGA